UGGGGCAAUAGAUUGUGGGUAGAGUUAGUUUUUGCCUAAUCAAGGCCCAGAAAAACAGAUUGUUUACGGAUGGAUAGGCCGUACUCCCGAAGUAGCCGCCGUGGUCUUAUCUUCUGCCUAUUGGUACACCACCGCAGCUGCCGGAGGGGCGGAGGGGGUAUGAUUGGAUCCGAGCGGAAUAACACCUAAAUUGUUCAAUUUAAUUGAGUGGAGAGUGGAGCAGUUUUCUUAUCAGCAUUAUUGCUGUUACCCUUCCGUGGGGUAGAUGCACUGUAAGGUGAGAAUGUGAAAUAUUGCCCAGGUUUCGGCAUUAUUUUGCCACUAAUUCGAUUAUACUCUCAGCUGAAAUUCUAUGCAGCUUGGUAGUUGCACUGUGGAGUGCGGAGUAGAGCAGUUCCCUCGUCGGUGUGGCCCUUUUUCCGGUAUUGGAUUAGACAUUGUCACUUGCCACUUGAAAUUGGCAAUGGCUGUGAUAAGAGGAAACCUAAUAUGAUUCAAAGCAAAACAAUGGGCGGUAUAAAUGGUGGUUUCCAGACCUUGGCCAUCAUUCCGUGACUUCAACGCGUCGUGACUGGAGAUACAUAGUCCAAGCACUUCCUCCAUCGAAUUCAACGUCCAGGAUGUCCAAGCUUAGCCUGUUCCUGUUGUCCGCCCUGCUGGGCUGCCUUGUGUCCGGCGGAGCGGCUGGAAAAAUACGCGUGGCCAGCACCGGAGUCCGUGUGGUGAGUGAUAUCCAUGAGUUUGCCGCCCAGCAUCCGGGUCUGCAGAUCCAGCAAAUGGAGAAGGAGCUCGUGCCGGGCAAGGCCCGUGCCGGAAGCCUAACCGUGCGCUACAACAUGGGCGCCCGCAUUCCCGGCGACGCACUGGUGGCCCAGACAGCCGACACCUACGAGUAUCCACGGGCGCAGGAUGUGAGCCUGCAGCUGACCUAUCCGGAGAAGGGCAAGGGUGCCGCCGUGUCCUACGUGGAGCUGGUCUGCACCCAGGACAGCAAUGAGGGCACCGCCUACGUGGUCGCCGGAGGCAUCGGCCAGACCCUCAUCUCCAUCGUAGUGGAGGCCAAGAACACCAAGAACUUCUCCUACCAGGCUCAGUACUACGGAGUCAACUAAGCAUCUGCUGAAGUGCCUCGUUCGUGACUCCAAUCUUAAAUAUAUAUGUAUUCAGGCAGACCAAAAUGUUACUAACUAGAUUUAAGUAAUUAAUUUCACUCAAUUGAUUGGCUAGCAUAAGGGAUAAGGUUUAUAUGCUGUCAUUGUGCACCAAAGGUCUAAUUGAAAACAAUAAUAAUUAAGCCAUUGCAAUUAAAUGAAUGUACAAAUAUACACCGCAUAUGCGAGCGACCAUAAAUUGUUAUAUUAAUUAAGUGCCAAGAUUUGUUAAACGUCGGACAUGAUCCCUUAAUUAAAAAUCUUCAUUUUAACGAA